AUGUAUUAUAUUGAUUUUUUUGUUAGUAGAAGUGACUUUUACAAACAACCUUUCCCCAAUAUCGGUUUAAAAUCAAUAGAAGAGUUCUUCUCAGAGAGAAACGAAAUGUAAAAAGUAGGAUUGACUUCAGAUGACAAUAUACACUAACAAAUCAUGACUAAUGAAUAGUAUUUGUAGGAUCCAAAUAAAAUUGAAGCUCAGAAAUAAAUCCAAAUGGCAAAUCAAGGGUUAUUAGAAGAGUUAAAUGAUUCAUUUGCAGAUUCUUAUGUAGAUUCCUAAAACCUAAACAAAAAAUCAAUAUUUCUCAAAGGUGCUAAAAUAGUGAAAUAGUUAGUUGGCAAGAUACUUCAUUUCAGAAACAACAACAGAAUGUAAAGUAAAAAAAGGAAGGAUAUUAAAUGCACCUGUAAAAAAAAUUAAUGUUGCAAUCUUUAUUGUGGGUGUUAUUAGAUAUAAAAACAUUGCACGAAAUCAUGUAAAUGCAACAAAAUCGAAUGUCACAAUAUGCCUAAUACAAGUUCCUAAUAUUAAUAAUUACGAUGA